GUCAACGUAGAGCAAAACUCCGAAUAUUGCCAAAAUGUAUCGUCAAAGCAAGCGAUGGCGCAUAGAAAGUUGUAUCUUUCUGCUGAAGUAACUUCCGGUGAUGUAAAGCUGAGCUUAAACGCAGAGUCUCAAGAUAACACAUGGGAGCUAACUCAAAAUGUUGACGUCACCGCAAAUGGGCUCAUAAUUUGUCAAACAGGAAUGUACUACGUGUAUAACAGUGUACAAUUCAGAACUAAGGAAUAUGUAAAGAAACAGACUGUGUACUUCUACAUGCGUCAAACAAAUAAACAACACACCAGUCAUGUGCUGUUAAGAAAUCUUCAUACUGUAGCUGAGAAUCUUUCAGUGGAUAGAGAAACUGGUUUUUCAGGCGGUGUUUUCCAUCUGGAUGAAGGCGAUGUGAUUGAAGUCUUUGUCUCUGGACAAGGCCUGGUUGAGACUGGCAGAAAUACAACCUACAUAGGGCUAGUUAGAUUAGUGCAUUAAGGUAGACGAUCAGUAGACAGUUGGACUUAUUACAGUAGAUUGGUUAACAGACGACAGACGACAGGCUAGCUGGACUUAUUAUAUUAGUUUUGUUAACAGACGACAGUCUAGCUGGACUUUUUUUUAUUAGUUUUGUUAACAGACGACACUCACAUUGGACCUAGAUUCGUUUUAGAAAAGAGUUUGGAAAAAAAAACGGCGAAGAGAACGUACAAUGCACAAAUUAUUAUAUUUUGCUUUAUCAUUAAAAAAAUGUUAAAGUACUUCUUUACUACUAAUUACAAAAAUGUUUUUAAUAGUAUAUCCUGUGUAGCUAAUACGUAGAUAGUCUUCAAAUAUAUUUUUUACUAAAACUGCGUCAUGAUAUAGGCCUACUGUAAUUAAUAUGUAUUGAACUACGAUACAAUUUUUAAUCAAAGCUAGAAAAAAGCUUUCUAUUUUAUUUUUACUUCUUUGAGGGCGGGUUUGUAGGAUAUGUUUGGCAAAAAUACAUUUUUUUAAAUGAACUAAAGUUGUCGAAUUCGAUGCGAAGUUUAAACUGUAGGGCCUUAAUAAUUUAUCCCAAUCAAACAGUUGAUGAUACCAGUUAUGUUAUUCUUUUGAUUCUUUCUAGAUGUAAAUUAACAUAAAAUGUUUUUUAUAAUAUAUUUCAAAACUAAACCUGAACGGAUGUUGAGAAAAAUAAACUCUUUCUUUAAUUUUAACGCUGCAGCUUAUUAUAUGUCGAUUUAAUAAA